AUGGUGAAAGACUUGUUUACAAUCCCUCUAGAUGUUGGUAUUCACACAAUCUUCAUUCGCUUGAGAGCUAAAGGUUCACAGGUCUUUAGUUGUAACAUCAGAGCUGCAGAUGGAGAUCCUUUCUUAGUGCGUCCAGCUACCAAUGUACCAGAUAUUGUGGAGGAUACCUUAAUGGGAGAUGUGUUUACUUUUCCUCUCACCAAUCUUCAAGGGAAUAAAUGGCUCAAAAAUGUUAAAGUCAGCUUGGCAGAGCCAUCUGAAGUCACAAUUGGCGCAUUCAGAGAGCGAGGUCUGAUGAAUGUAGCCCCAGGACAAACUAUACCAAUCAUCAUCCGUCUUGCUCUAGACAGGAACCAAGAUGGUCUUGAAAUCCAUGAGGAUGCCUGCCGUGGCAUCAGUUUCAAGUUAAAAGUAUCUGCUACUGGGGUCAAAGAGACCCAGGUAUUACCGGUCAAAAUCAGAUGCAGAAAGAGGCAUGAAUCCUUCAUCUUCUCAUUCUUGGAUCAUGAUGGUUCGGUUCAACAUGCAGCUGCUAUUGAGCCACUUGAAGAUUGCCCUGUUGGUCAGUGUCCGGUAUUGUUGACAUUGCAUGGUACGGGUGUUGAAGCCCAGAACCAAGCUGAUGGGUACAAGAGAAUGGAAGAUGAGAGCUGGUUCUUUGGUCUUGAGAGGGCUUGGGUCUUAGCACCCACAAGGCAUGGGGCUCAUAACUGGGAAGGUCCUGGUACCCUGACAUCAAUGACUGCACUUCAAAGAUUACAUCAGAUGAUGUCCGAGAUUGCAUGGAUGCCCAACAAGCCUCUGACCGAUCAGGUCAUCUUUGCGGGACAUUCCAUGGGGGGUCAUGGGGCAUGGCACCUGGCCACCCAUUACCCAGACAGAGCCCUUGCCGUGGUCUCACUCGCUGGAUGGAUCAAGAAAGAGGAGUAUGGUGAUAGCAAUGUUUUCUUCAGACAUGACAUCAGUACCAGUCACACAGAUUCAGCUACCAAACACAUAUUAGAGGCCUGUAUUGCUGAAAAUGAUGCAGAUAGACAUAUUUCUAACCUUCAGGGUUUACCAGUCCUGACCAGGAUUGGUGCCAUAGACAGAACUGUCCAUCCGUUCUUUGUAAGGCGUAUGAACCGUCUAUUGAAGGAGCAAGGAAUCAAUGUAACAUACACCGAGCUGGCUGGAAAGGAACACUGGUGGUGGGAUACUUGGAAGACGAAUGACGGAGGAGCUGUAAAUGACCCCAAGCUCAGGCAUUUUACCAAUGAACAUGCAAAAAUCUCACCAUCACUAUUGCGCUCUGCCAAUCUACAAUGUGACGUUGGAGAGGGGGAGGGAAAAUGCACCUCUUCUUCCUCGGAGAACAAGUAUUCUCAGUCUGCUAGUGGAUCAGAAGGUGAUGAGACAGAGAUGGUGACCCUGACAGUGGUGAACCCCGCCCUAGGGGAAGGUCUGAGAGGAGUGAGGGUGGUGCAGCAGUUGGUCCCAUUUAGAACCAGUACAAUAAAGAUGGCUCUUUCAAAUGGUAAAGCUGAGCUUACUACAAGAAAUGUGGAAAGAUUUUCAAUCACAGCUCUUGGUCAUAUUCCUUAUAAUUGGAGGAACAUAAGUUCACUAAAAAUUGAUGGUAUUUUAUUGAACACAGAUGAGGAGCACGGAAUGAUGGUCAAAGAAAAUGCUACCCAUUUUUGCAAAACAGAUGCAGGUUCCUGGCUUGUUUGCACUGAUGAUGCAUUGAAGGAUGAUGAAAGAGAUUAUGCUACUUAUGGACCAGCAAGAAAGGUAGCAGAAAGAGAGUUUCUGAUCGUCACAGGUACUGCUUCUGAUAAAUCCAGUGCCACCCUUCUACAUCUAGCUGUCUACCUGGCCAACUUAUUCUUCUUGACCUCUGAUACUGUUGCCACGGUGAUUGAAGAUGCAUCCGUGACAGUUGAGAUGGCGGCUUCACACAAUCUCAUUAUUAUCGGUGGGCCAGGACAUAAUGCCUGGGCGCAGCAAUUUAUAGAGCGACUACCACAACUUCGCAUCAGUGAAAAUGGGCUAUCUUUGGGGAGAUGCCAGUUUUCAGACCCUCGGACAGGAGCACUCUUCCUGGCCCCUCAACGAAAGGGAUUACUUGCCCUCGUACUAAUGGGCAACUCAUUACAAGGUUUAGAAGACAUCAUGAGACUAGCCAGUCCCACCAUUCCUCCAAUGACAAGAUCACCUUUUUCCAACAUGGUGCCAGACUAUGUUAUAACAGGACCUGACUUCAGAGCUAAGGGACCCGGUGGUUACGAGUGUGCUGGAUUCUGGGGCAAUAGAUGGGACUACAGACUAGAGACUUCAUCUUGUGUGUGCUAGACCGUGAGGAAAAAAUCAUUUCUUUGUUGUUUUUUUUUUUCUUUUUUUUUCUUCUACAUGUAUUAUUCCUUUUUAUUUCAGAGAAUUUCUAUUUUGACAAAUCACCUUGAAUGAUACAUGGGUCGAGUGCUGGUGAGCAUUUUAUCAAGUGUCUUGUCGAUGAUCUUUAAAGAAUGUUACAAGCUACUGAAAUGCUUGCAACUGAUUCUCCGAGAGCAAAUUUGUAAAUUGAUAAAAUGCCCCCCAUCCUUCAUUCACCCUGGAAGUGUAAUUCUUGAUAUUUCACACUGACAAGAACAAUGCCUUAUCGGUCAUCAUAGCCAAUCAAAACAUUGUAUUUCUGUAAAUUGUGAAACAGUGUACCUUGGAGUAAAUUUGAAGUUUUAUUUGGUUAGUGGUAUGGCGUAGUGAAAAUUACUACAGUAAAAUCUAGUCAAGAUAAACAACUUGUUGAUAGUUUUUGGUAAAGCUUUUUGCAUUAUCAUUGCUUUGAAUCAUUGAUUUACUUUGCAAUUUUGUAAAUCUUUACCAGCAUCCAUGCAAAAUUGAUAUAUACUUUAUUGUAGAUUUUAGCUAUGGGGUCUCGGGACUUUUAUUAGAUAACAUGAAUACUGGGAGAGCAUUGGAAUAAAUAUGUUUAAAACCAAAUUAGAGGUGAUUUAUUAGAUUUCACAGAAAAAAAUAGAUUCCUUGUAUAGUGUUGUUUAAAUAGAUUUUUGGAAAUUGUAAUUUGUACUUUUGUGUUCAUACUUUUGCAAUUAUGAUUGUUCAUUUCAAUAUAAAUCAUUGGUAUAUCAAAUGUAAAGUUGACUAUUUUUGAUUGGUUAAUUUCAGGGGGUGUUUCAUGAAAGUUGUCAGCACUGACAACUUCAGUGAAAUCCUUGGUUUUGAUUGGCUAUGGUAAUUGUCGGGGAAAGACAACUUGUCAGUGCUCACAAUUUCAUGAAAUAGUCCCCAGGUUCUUGGGCCUGUCACAUAAAGACUUUAAAAUUAGGGUAUCUUUGCAAUUAAUAUGCCAUUUACCGUGGUAACAGGGCUCAGCAGCCAAUCACAAUCAAGGUUUCUGUGGGAGUUACAAUAAUAGCAAAGAUAACAUAGUUUUAAGUCUUUAUGAAACAGGCCCCUGAUAAAUGACAUUGUUUGCUUUAGAUUAUGAAUCCACUACUAUGUUGUCUCUGAAAAUGACUGAAAUCAGAAAAAAAAAGUAUUAUCUUGAAAACUAGUGCAAUAUUCAUAUCCAGUACAUAAGUGAGAAGGUAAUUAAAUUUGGUCAACUUGGACACACUAUCAUAACCUGGGCGAUGUUUCACAAAGAGUUAAGUGUGACUUAGAGUUAUGAUCAAUAAUAUAUAACCAGGGGGGCGUUUCACAAAGAUGUGAGUAUGACUUAAUGACUUAGGCCCGUAUUCUGAAGUCGGGUUUAAGUUAAGGACGUUCCACAGUUAUGUUUGUGCGCAUUAUGAUCUGCGCAUAUUUAACACUGCGCGCUGACGUCACAAUGGAUGAACAGGUGAUUAAUUAGCUGCGGUUAUGAGCUGAUUUUUCUCAUCUUCUGCACUUUAACUGCAGAUCUGCUGCGUUAUUUCAUGAAGCUAAAAAAAUGAAUUAUUCCAUGGACCAUUCAAAAAAAUAUUCUCUACAAUUUCAAAAUACUUUACUCUGCAGUGCUGCCAAGAAUCACGAAUAUUAGCCCGAGUUUGAAUAAAUGGUAGAGUGGUUUUGAUUUUUUCUUCACAUAGAUACUAAGCAUUCGGCCCAUUUUUGGUGUUUUAAAAAGCACAUUUGCUCUAAUAAAAAUGCUGAUAGUUUAAAAACAAGCACAUGAACCCCUAUUUUUUAAUGUUUGUACCUCUUAGGUAUACCUUCCUCUACAACUCUGCAAAUUUUGGUGAAAAUGACAUGGAUUUUGAAUAAAGUGCAGCAUUUAUUGUACGUUUGUAGUUUGUUACUGAAAUUUUACAUUUUUUUUAUUGGGAUUUUGUUAUCUUUUACGCCAUUUUUAAGAACUGACAGUGCUGUUAAACUUAAAAUUUCAAACAAUUAGCACUAUUAAUAUAUUCUCCAUUCUAACGAUACAAUUAUUAACUCUCUUGCGAAAUUUGAUGACUUUUUCAUGUAUUUUGACUGAGUAAUACAGGUUUAAACUCAUUGUAGUAAUCUUGGGCGGUCUAAAAAUGCCAAAUUCUUUUGAAUGCGCAAUUCUUAAGAACAUCAAUUUGGGUGAACUUUGAAGCUCUAUAGCAAAAAAUCAAGCACAUGGACCUAUGUUAAUUUUUGCAUAUUUCGAAUAUUAAGGUUCUAAAGUAUCUAUGGGCAAAGUUUGGUGAAAAUGACAUGGAUUUCACUUUAACUGUGGAAUGUCCUUAAACUCAGGUUUAAAGUUGUGGUUUAAGUAUGGAUGGCCAAUUGUUACAUAAAUCACUAACAGUAGAGAUAUCAUAUUUCAGCUCAUUUGGCACUUAAUUCAUUCAUAAUUAUCUAGGAAGUAUAAAUAGAUGAUUGUCUUCACCAUCGAUGAAUCAGGAAAGAGCAGAGUAAACAUAAGAAACGUACAACUUGAUAAAAAAAUUUGAUACUUUUGGCUUCCCAUACUUAAACCACAACUUUAAACCUGAGUUUAAGUUAAACCCGACUUCAGAAUACGGGCCUUAGAGUCACUCUUAAAUACCGAGGUGCGUAAGGUUUGAAAGGCUUGACUGCAUUGGUCAGAUCGUGUCAUGAUGACGCGCACUACUGCGUAUCUAUCAAUGAGAUUGCGCGUUGCAUAUCAUGUAUGCGUCAACAUUGAUAAAGUACGACUUAAGUCAUUCUUAAAUCUUUGUGAAAUCCCCCCCCCCCCUGCAAUCUUAUUGAUUCAUGCUGCAAUAGCAUACAUCCUCUUAGCAUGAUUGACCAAUGCAGUGAUGCCUCACACACAGAUGAAAAUAUAAAUCUUUGUGAAACACCUACCCCAUCCCCAAUUAUUCAACAGCGUAUAUUUCAUCAACUUUUGAUUAAUUUUAAAAUAGUUUUGAUGUGACAUAAUAAUAAUAAACAUUAGUAGAUUUCUGUGCAUUCAAAUGUUUUUAUUAUGAAAUAUAAAUGAAUUUUACUUUCAUCACAUUGAAAAUGUUAUUUUAUGCCAACAUUUUCAACCAUUGUUUCUACAAUGUACAUGUAUUUGAAAAAUUCCAUGGAAUUAAAAGAUGAUUCAUCAUAGAAUCAAUGAGAUACUUUACAGUUUCAGAUAGACCUGUGAUACUGUUGCUGUCAGCAAACUUUGGUGGACAUGAUAUACAUGUCCUCUUUAUUUUUGUUUGUACUCAUCACAACUGGUUUCCAUUCUAGUUUCUACUACCAAGUUGUACUACAACUCUAAAGAAAAGUUAUGUAUGUAUACCAACUUAGGAGCUGCUUUUGUUUAUCUAGCAUAAUGUUAUGGCAACACAUAUCUGAUUAUUUGACAAUGUUUUACCUUGGUACAAUUAGGGCUAGGUACAUGUACUUUUUUGUUGCUUAACCUUUGUAAUAAUAUAACCGAGGUGCAAUCAUGAAUGGAUGUAUAUUUAUGUCUUUUUUCCUUUUUUUUUUACUAUUGCACAAAUCUCAUCAAGGAACAAUUAGAUUAGGAUACAUAUUAGUUCAUUUUAGGUGAGGAAUUUUAUUUUGCCCAUCUAUUAGUUGUAAUGUCAGUGCACUGUUAAAACCUUGUAUUUCAAAAUGCAAACAUUUUUUUAGUACAACUCAGAGUAAUGACAUUCUUUUACCUUGAGAGAUUUCCUGACAAGCCUUUGGAAACUGUUCCCAGACAAUAUGGGGUCACCAUCUUUGCCAUAAGCCGUCCCCCAAUUCUCUAAGGCUUUAACAGCCCACCUGUGAUAUGUCAUACAUUUUAUUUAAUUUGUAAGAAUUUUGAGCAUGGAGCAAUUGCUGCCAAGACAACACAUAUUUGUGAUUGUACUCAAAUACUAUCACACAUUGCAAGGUGCCUUUCACAUAUGUCAACAGUCUUCCACAAUGUAUUUUCUGCUCAUGUACAAGGUUUUGUUUAUGUCUCAUAUGCCAACAUGAAAAUAAUGUUUUAUAAAAUUUUGUUGUUUAUACAAUGAAAGACAUGGAAUUAAAUUCUAUGAAAGAUA